ACUCAACCUUUUAGCAACUUCUUCCCUAUAGUACAGGUUUUCAAUGGAAAAUUUGAUGGAGGUUCUCCGAACAAGAGCUGUUAAGCGUUGUGCGAUUGCCUCAGGCAGGGUCAGUGCCUCCAAUCGGCACUUUGAUGAAGAAAUGCCCAGGAUUCAACCAGGUCAGAAUUCAAGACCAUUUCUGGCUAGGGAUAUGCACGGGCGCCGCAUUUAUCACCUUAAAUACAACAGGAGGAUGGUGGGGCCCCGUCCGAAGCAAACAAUUACUGGCCUAAGACGCUUCUUUCAAGAGCAUGGUUUGCAACCUGGGGAUCUAAUUACUUUGUACAAGGAGGAGGGCAAUGAGGUGAUCUUGAUGGGGACACUCAUCUCUCCACUCUAUGUGAUCCACUUUGAGAGAGUUAACGAAGUUGCAGACCGGUGAUGAUCAUGCUCUUUGAGAAAGCUGAUUCAGCCUGUUAAAAGAUCUAGGUGUUGUAGUUGUUUUGUUUUUGUUUGUUUGUUUGUUUGUUUUUUUCUUUUGAACUCAAGGAUACAGAGAUAUAGCCUAUAAAACAGAUCCUGUUCA